AGGUCGCAAGUGGCUGGCUACUUCCUAUAUAUAAAGUCUCAGUCACUUCCUCUUCCACCGUCGUCACGCAUUAACUUUCUCUUCUCGUGCUUCACUUCCAAACCCUCAUUUCUGAACCCUCAUAUCUCUCUCACUCUGCUCGGAGAAUCGCCAAAAUGAGGCCGUACAUGGUGAGAUCCCUUCAGUUGGCUCUGAACAGAGCCUCUUCUUCAUCAUCUUCCAAAAGCCAAGUCUUUCGCCGUGCCUAUUCCGACUCUUCGGUGCCUGGCCGGAAAGUCGCCGUUCUCGGCGCCGCCGGUGGAAUUGGCCAGCCACUCUCCCUCCUUAUGAAGCUCAACCCCCUUGUUUCCUCUCUGUCUCUCUACGAUAUCGCUGGAACUCCUGGCGUCGCCGCCGAUGUUGGCCACAUAAACACUAGAUCUGAGGUUAAAGGAUACGCUGGUGAGGACCAGCUUGGUGAAGCUUUGGAGGGAUCCGAUGUCGUCAUCAUUCCCGCCGGUGUGCCGAGGAAGCCUGGAAUGACACGUGACGAUCUCUUUAACAUCAACGCUGGCAUUGUUAAGUCACUUUGCCUUGCCAUCUCCAAGUACUGCCCAAAUGCACUGGUCAACAUGAUAAGCAACCCAGUGAACUCGACUGUCCCAAUUGCGGCUGAGGUUUUCAAGAAAGCUGGAACUUAUGAUGAAAAGAGGUUGUUCGGUGUCACUACGCUUGAUGUGGUCAGAGCUAAGACUUUCUAUGCUGGCAAGGCAAAUGUCCCGGUUGCUGAGGUUAAUGUGCCAGUUGUUGGAGGCCAUGCUGGAAUUACAAUUCUUCCAUUGUUUUCUCACGCCACACCUAAAGCCAAUUUGUCAGAUGGAGACAUCAAGGCUCUUACGAAGCGGACACAAGAUGGAGGGACGGAAGUUGUGGAAGCAAAGGCUGGAAAGGGAUCUGCAACGUUGUCUAUGGCCUAUGCAGGAGCCCUUUUUGCAGAUGCUUGUCUGAAGGGACUUAAUGGAGUCCCGGAUGUUGUGGAAUGUUCGUAUGUGCAAUCAAGUGUCACCGAGCUUCCUUUCUUUGCUUCUAAGGUGAGGCUAGGAAAGAAUGGUGUGGAAGAAGUUUUGGGAUUAGGCCCUCUCUCAGACUUCGAGAAGGAAGGAUUGGAAAGCCUAAAGCCUGAGCUCAAAGCCUCCAUUGAGAAGGGUAUCAAAUUUGCCAACCAGAGUUAGAUGGCUGGUAGGGUUCUUAAGCAUCCUCUUGGAAAAAACUUCCAGUUUUGCAUUUAUUUAAGUACUGUUGUAUAAUUCUUGCCAGUGGCACCGGCUUUGCCUGUUUUGAUUAGAGUAGGGAUAUAUAAACUGAAAGUUCCAUCAAUAAUUCCCAACUGUUUGUUAUGAUUAGGUGGGAUGUUUUAUACAUCCAAAGACCAUAAGAAAUCACACUCAAUUAUAUUUUAUGACUA